AGCACUGGACAGCCAGGGAAUUCCAACAAGCGUUUUUUAAACAAGCAAUUACAUAGCACUUUCUAAGUGCCAAGCACUGUUCUAAGCCCUUUACAAAUGUAAAUUCAGUUAAUUGUUAUAAUCCUCCAAAUAGCCCUCUGUGGUAGGUACUGUAAUUAUCCUCAUCUUACAAAUGAGGAAACAGAGGUGUAGAGAGGUUAAAUAAUUGCCUGGCUAGUAAGCGGUGAGUGAGGGGCAGAGUGACGUGCCCGCAGCUUGCAGAUGGCUGUGGUGGACACCGGCAAGUCCUGGGUCCUUUGGGGAUCACUGCCCUUGGUGGGGAUUGGGAGGGUUGACCAGGAGCACCCCUGGGAGGCCCAGAUUUUAGGGGGUUCCCCUCGGGCUGAACCUGACCUGGUCUGGUCUACAGGGUCUGUAAUGGUGAAAUCCCCCCUGAACCGGGAACUGGUUGCCACCUAUGAGGUCACUCUCUCAGUGAUUGACAAUGCCAGCGACCUACCAGAGCGCUCCGUCAGUGUGCCAAAUGCCAAGCUGACGGUCAACAUCCUGGACGUCAAUGAUAACACGCCCCAAUUCAAGCCCUUCGGGAUCACCUACUACACGGAGAGGAUCCUGGAGGGGGCCACCCCGGGCACCACGCUCAUCGCCGUGGCAGCCGUGGACCCCGACAAGGGCCUCAAUGGGCUGAUCACCUACACCCUGCUGGACCUGAUACCCCCGGGCUAUGUCCAGCUGGAAGACUCCUCAGCAGGGAAGGUCAUUGCCAAUCGGACAGUGGACUAUGAGGAAGUGCACUGGCUCAACUUUACCGUGAGGGCCUCAGACAAUGGGUCCCCACCCCGGGCAGCUGAGAUUCCUGUCUACCUGGAGGUUGUGGACAUCAAUGACAACAACCCUGUCUUUGACCAAGUCUCCUACCAGGAAGCCGUCUUGGAGGAUGUUCCUGUGGGCACAGUCAUCCUGACAGUCACCGCUACUGAUGCCGACUCAGGCAACUUCGCCCUCAUUGAGUACAGCCUUGUGGACGGAGAGGGCAAGUUUGCUAUCAGCCCCACCACGGGUGAUAUCUAUGUUCUGUCCUCUCUGGACCGGGAGAAGAAGGCCCACUAUAUCCUGACCGCCUUGGCCAAAGAUAACCCUGGGGAUGUAGCCAGCAACCGUCGAGAAAAUUCGGUGCAGGUGGUAAUCCAGGUGCUGGACGUUAAUGACUGCCGGCCAGAGUUCUCCAAGCCCCAGUUCAGCACGAGCGUGUAUGAGAAUGAGCCAGCGGGCACCUCCGUCAUCACCAUGAUGGCCACCGACCAGGAUGAGGGCUCCAAUGCGGAGCUGGCCUACUCCCUCGAGGGCCCGGGCACGGAGGCCUUCCACGUGGACAUGGACUCGGGCCUGGUGACCACACAGCGGCCACUGCAGUCCUACGAGAGGUUCAACCUGACCGUGGUGGCCACGGAUGGCGGACAGCCCCCACUCUGGGGCACCACCAUGCUCCUGGUGGAGGUCAUCGACGUCAACGACAACCGCCCCGUCUUCGUGCGCCCACCCAAUGGCACCAUCCUCCACAUCAGAGAGGAGAUCCCACUGCGCUCCAACGUGUACGAGGUCUAUGCCACAGACAAGGACGAGGGCCUCAAUGGGGCCGUGCGCUACAGCUUCCUGAAGACAACAGGCAACCGGGACUGGGAGUAUUUCACCAUCGACCCAAUCAGCGGGCUCAUCCAGACGGCACAGCGCCUGGACCGAGAGAAGCAGGCAGUGUACAGUCUCAUCCUGGUGGCCAGCGACUUGGGCCAGCCGGUGCCUUAUGAGACUAUGCAGCCGCUGCAGGUGGCCCUGGAGGACAUCGAUGACAACGAACCCCUCUUCGUGAGGCCUCCGAAAGGCAGACCCCAGUACCAGUUGAUGACGGUGCCCGAGCACUCACCACGUGGCACCCUCGUGGGCAACGUGACAGGCGCUGUGGACGCAGACGAGGGCCCCAACGCCAUCGUGUACUACUUCAUCGCAGCCGGCGACGAAGAGAAGAACUUCCAGCUGCAGCCCGAUGGGCGUCUGCUGGUGCUGCGGGACCUGGACAGGGAGCGCGAAGCUAUCUUCUCCUUCAUCGUCAAGGCCUCAAGCAAUCGCAGCUGGACACCUCCCCGUGGGCACUCCCCAGCCCUGGACCUGCUCACUGACCUCACCCUGCAGGAAGUGCGUGUCGUGCUGGAGGACAUCAACGACCAGCCACCACGCUUCACCAAGGCUGAGUACACUGCAGGAGUGGCCACCGACGCUAAAGUGGGCUCAGAGUUGAUCCAAGUGUUGGCCCUGGAUGCAGAUAUUGGCAACAACAGCCUCGUCUUCUACAGCAUCCUGGCCAUCCACUACUUCCGGGCCCUUGCCAAUGACUCUGAGGAUGUGGGCCAGGUCUUCACGAUGGGGAGUGUGGAUGGCAUCCUGCGCACCUUCGACCUCUUCAUGGCCUACAGCCCCGGCUACUUUGUAGUGGACAUUGUGGCCCGGGACCUGGCAGGUCACAAUGACACAGCCAUCAUUGGCAUCUACAUCCUGAGGGAUGACCAGCGGGUCAAGAUCGUCAUCAAUGAGAUCCCCGACCGCGUGCGUGGCUUCGAGGAGGAGUUCAUCCGCCUGCUCUCCAACAUCACCGGUGCCAUCGUCAACACUGAUGACGUGCAGUUCCACGUGGACAAGAAGGGUCGGGUGAACUUCGCACAGACAGAGCUGCUUAUCCACGUGGUGAACCGCGAAACCAACCGUAUCCUGGACGUGGACCGGGUGAUCCAGAUGAUCGAUGAAAACAAGGAGCAGCUGAGGAAUCUAUUCCGGAACUACAACGUCCUAGACGUGCAGCCCGCCAUCUCUGUCCGGCUGCCCGAGGACAUGUCCGCCCUGCAGAUGGCGACCAUCGUCCUGGCCAUCCUCCUUUUCCUGGCUGCCACGCUCUUCAUCCUCAUGAACUGGUACUACAGGACCGUACACAAGAGGAAGCUCAAAGCCAUCGUGGCUGGCUCGGCAGGGAAUCGCGGCUUCGUUGACAUCAUGGACAUGCCCAACACCAACAAGUAUUCCUUUGACGGGGCCAACCCCGUGUGGCUGGAUCCUUUCUGCCGGAACCUGGAGCUGGCUGCCCAGGCAGAGCACGAGGACGACCUCCCGGAGAACCUGAGUGAGAUCGCCGACCUGUGGAGCAGCCCUACCCGCACCCACGGAACUUUUGGGCGUGAACCAGCAGCAGUCAAGCCCGAUGAUGACCGGUACCUGCGGGCGGCCAUCCAGGAGUAUGACAACAUUGCCAAGCUGGGCCAGAUCAUUCGGGAGGGGCCCAUCAAGGGUUCGCUGCUGAAGGUGGUCCUGGAGGAUUACCUGCGGCUCAAAAAGCUCUUUGCACAGCGGAUGGUGCAAAAAGCCGCCUCCUGCCACUCCUCCAUCUCCGAGCUGAUCCAGACUGAGCUGGAAGAGGAGCCAGGGGAGCGCAGCCCCGGCCAGGGCAGCCUGCACUUCCACCACAAGCCGCCUACGGAGCUCAAAGGGCCAGACGGGAUCCACGUGAUGCACGGCAGCACAGGCACGCUGCUGGCCACCGACCUCAACAGCCUGCCCGAGGAUGACCAGAAGGGCCUGGGCCGCUCACUGGAGACGCUGACCACCGCCGAGGCCAGCGCCUUCGAGCGCAACGCCCGCACCGAGUCCGCCAAAUCCACGCCCCUGCACAAGCUUCGCGACGUGAUCAUGGAGAGCCCCCUGGAGAUCACAGAGCUAUGACUAGAUGCGGGGAGCCCCACGGGUAUGAGCAGCCCAAGCCCACCCCUCCCGGGGCAAGAGCAGGGGCAGGACCUCCGGGCGGGGGGCCCUCCGCAGGCAGCUCUGGGAGCGCAGCCUUGGGUUGGUCCAGCAGCAGGGCCCACGUCAGCUGCUCAGAUUCCACUUUUGCCAGACGCUCAUUCGGCAUCUGAUCUCUACCUUCAUAAAACUUGUUAUUUUUUUAAGAAAACCAACAGAAAUGGUGAGUAUCUAAGAACGAGGUAAGGAGGGUCACGGAGAGCCCAGGAGUCUGAGGAUCAUCUCAGCCCAGGCGGAGCUGAAAGAGGCCAAGCCGGCCCUCUUCCCCUCCCACCCCGCCUGUAGCAGGCAUACCCCGCCUGGCCUUGACUCUCUGACUCCAGUUCAAGCCCCAGUGCAUUUCUGCCACAUCCCUGGCCGGACAUCCAGGUGGGGGCAGUGAGUAAUCCCUGCUUCCCCAUACAGACAUGGUCAAUGUCAGCCAACGGCAUUCUCUCCAUUUCACUGGCUUUCCAAACGUGCCGGGCUCAUAAAAUGACUGAUGUUCCCUUGGGUUUUGAAUAUAGAGUGUUCGUGUGUAUUCCUUUUUAAAAUUAAGUUAUUCCCUCCAUAUUCUCCCCUUGGUUUUGUUCAACUGAUACGCACUGAACGUUUCUGGAAUGGUCUGAAUUUAAAAAAAAAAAAAAAAAAAAAGCAAGUCACAAGGAACCGGCAAUUCACUCUGGCUCUGGUAAACUACCCGUGGGGCUGGGCUGGCGAACUGGGGGGUAAGGACAGGGCAGCUCUGGACCCACCUUUGGGGGCACUCCUCUGACCACUUGCCCACUGCUGGCCCCAGGUCUGU